ACCUAGAUCAGCUGAUAAAUCUGGAGGCUGCUGAAGAGGACGCGGCCGUCGGCAAAAUGGAAGGGGCGUUGGAGGGUCAUUUGGAAGAUACAAUGAAGAAUCCCUCCAUUGCGGGAGUCCUCUGCACCGAUUCUCAAGGGCUAAAUUUGGGCUGUCGUGGCACCCUCUCAGAUGAGCAUGCAGGUGUAAUCUCUGUUCUGGCCCAGCAGGCAGCAAAAUUAACUUCUGAUCCAACAGAUAUUCCUGUUGUAUGUCUUGAAUCAGACACUGGCAAUAUCAUGAUCCAGAAGCAUGAUGGCAUCAUAGUGGCAGUACACAAAAUGGCAUCUUAAUCUUGCACGUUCACAGCAUUUCCUGCUCUUCAAUAUAUCACCUUUGUGGAACAGUCUUCUGCCAGUUAAUACAAAUGGGAUAUCCAAGCUCAUGAAGCCAGAACCUAGUUGAAUCUGACUGUAAACAUUCUCUCUUGCCUAAGUUGGUACAGAAUCUAUCUACAGAACUUCCAUCGUUUUACGUUAUGAGAAAUGGAAUGCUUUUCUAUUGCUAGAGAGACAGCAACUUAACAGGUGGUCCCAAUGUUAGAAGAACUCAAAGAAUUGCAGAGGACAAGUAAUUCUAUUUUGACUAAAUGUUUAAUGUUGUGUAUCUGCUUUGAUGUAGCAGAGGAAUCUGUAAGGAAAAUCUUGUCCUCUUUCUUGGCACGUUGAAACUAAAAGCCUACUUCAAGUCAAGCUUGACUCUUGGUGACUUACAUGGCCAUAUAUAUGUAGCUUAGCUGCCAACAAAUGCAAGAGGUUAACCAUUGCCUUCUUCUAGGAUACUUUUCAAAUUUUCACCCUAGUCUAUAGCCCUGGACUUCCUGUAUCAAUGCAAAUAAAAAUCAGGACCAAUUCAACAUAACGUUCUAGAUCAGUCAGGGUUGGCUAAGUACUGCCAACUUGCAUAAAAAAGCUGUCAGAUAUUUAAAGGCAUUUGAUAACAGCUAUGUGGUUUUUGUACUGCUAUUUUCUGAAGAGUAACCUAGAAAAUAAAUAUGAACAACUUCCUCUCAAACCAGUUACUAACUAAUAUCAGGAUCUUAUUGUGUUGAUGAGGCUAUCACAUUAGUUUAUGUUAUGUGCUGGCUAAUAAAGACAUACCAGUAGGGUUAGUACUCA